AUGACUAACCCACCAGUCGGACUCUUCCUCGCAGGGACUGUGCUGCUCGUCGGGGUUCCCCGCAGCGUGAGCGACGUGGUGCACGUGAACUACGGCUACUUCAGGGAGUCCGCAGGCCACCUGUGGACCUACGCCAUCGACGCCCACUCCUGGCACGACGUGGAGACGAACACCACGUACAGGUACACCUUCUGGCCCCAG